AUGUUCAAAAACACAAACAGAAGCCGUGUCCAACGCCUCAAUGUCAAAUGGGCAAGCAAAGCACCUGCAUUCGUGCAGGCUGUCAAUCAGAGCAGCAGCCCACUCAGGGACAUUUAUCAGUUUGGCGUGUACACGGGCGGGUCGAUGAGGAGUAUCAAGCAUCAAAUCCCAAUCUUCCAUCACAUGUGGGGCUUUGACUCAUUCCAAGGGCUGCCCGCAGAGGCGGGCGGCCUCAAGAUCGCUGGCAAGCACUGGCUCCCAGGAGCCUUCUCGAGCAGCGAUGAGCUUGGCAGCACGGUUGAAAAGACGGUUGCAAGCGUGAGUGAAUAUGUUGGCGAUCCUGAUCGCGUGAGCUUCAUUGCUGGCUUUUUCAACGAGUCCCUUCCCAAGCUGAACCUUUCACUAUUCCGCCCAGCGCUGCUCGUUGAUUUCGAUGUCGACCUCUAUAUUUCCACCCUCGACAGCAUGACCUGGAUGGUCGAGAAUAAAUUGAUUCAGGCGGGCACAUACGUGCGCUACGACGAUUGGAAAGGGGACCCCGCUUGGGGCCAGACGAAAGCGGACGAUGAAGUGACCAAGCGCUUCAAAAUCGUAUGGGACACGACAAACGCCCCAUUUGAAGGGCGCCACGGCAAGGGUGCGCUCAGGCGCGUAGUGUCUGUUGGUGGCAUCGCAGCGUGA